AUGGCCGGGAAGAUGUUCCAAAAGUGUUCCAGGAGCUUACGCCAGCACCGCAGGCAAGUUUUGCUGCUGUGGAUUGCAGCCUGCUGGUGCAUUCUUGGCAGAGGCGGUGCCUUCGUUCCAGCACCGGCGCCUGCGGUGGGAACUUCAAGCAGUAGACCUCUCGAGCUGGCAGCUCCGUUGGGAGCGCUUUCUGUGGCACUGGCGCCAGCUGCCGCGCACGCAGAGGCAGCGGCAGUGGAGGCAACCAUCGACCCUCAGGAUGCCAUUGUGCAGGCCUUUGCGCUGACCUUUGUGUCCGAGAUCGGCGACAAGACCUUCUUCAUUGCCGCUAUCUUGGCUGCGGGCAGCAGUGCCGCUGAGGGUCUGAGCCAGAAGGUUCUGACUUUCAUCGGAGCCAUAAGCGCAUUGGCUGUGAUGACCGUCAUUGCUGUCAGCAUUGGGCAGAUCUUCCAUGCCGUGCCAGAUGCAGCAGGCGGCCUUCCCAUAGAUGACUACGCCUCAAUUCUGGCGCAGUCUGCCUGCAAGCCGUGGUUUGGCUACUUUGGUGUCAAGCUCCUUCUGGAUGCUUCGACUAUGUCAGAUGAUGGCAGUAUCCUUGCGGAGGAGAAGGAAGAGGCAGAAGAGGCGGUCAACGAAUCCCUGCCGGAGUGGGUGACCAAGCUGGCGAUUCCAGCGCUAGUUGUCCAGGCCUUCCUCCUGGUUUUUGCCGCGGAGGUUGGCGACCGGUCCUUCAUCUCUGCCGCAGCCUUGAGUGCUCAGGGCGGUCCUGAAGGGGCCGCUGCCGUGUUCGUGGGUGCCAUUGCGGCACACGGCAUUGCUACCUUGCUUGCCGUUGCCCUUGGCGAUCUGAUCAGCACCUACGUCUCAGAGCUUUGGCAACAGCUGGGUCCCGUAAUGCAUGAAGGCCAUGUCUCCAUGUGUUGUAGUCUUCGACUGCCAGAUGUUUAUAUGCUGCCCAAGGAGAGGACGCUGACGUACAUUGGCGGUGCUCUCUUCAUCUUCUUCGCUGCAACAUCUACGGUUAAUGUGGUAGGCACUUUAAGCUGA